AGCAAAUAGAAAAGCACAGGAAGAGAAGUAAAGAUAACUAAGCCAAAACAAAGGAUUCGGUUCAUUUUUCACUGCUGAACACCUCCCUCUUUUGGAUGGGAAUUUAAAAUCCUGUGCUUGUCAAAAGGAACAAGAAAAUGAAGAAGGGAAUCCUGCAUGGAGAAAGCUUUGAAACACCAAUCAGGCAAACAAUGCUUCUCAUAUUAUCAUCUUUGUUUUGUGGAGUUUUUUUGGAAGAAGUUCACUAUUCCAUCCCUGAGGAGAUGGCAAAAGGAUCUUUUGUGGGAAAUCUAGCCAAGGAUUUGGGACUGAAUGCCAGAGAAUUGAGAAAAAGGAAUCUUCACAUCCUUUCUGAAGGUAAAAAGCAGUAUUUCACUAUCAGUGCAGAAAAUGGAAACUUACAUGUGAAUGACAGAAUAGAUCGGGAGGGAAUGUGUGGGGAGAGCACCCACUGCUUCAUUGAUUUUGAGGCUGUGAUUGAAAAUCCUUUAACUAUUUUCCAUGUAAGUGUAGCAGUCCAGGACAUUAAUGAUAAUGCUCCACAAUUCUUAAAGGACAAUAUCAGGUUUGAAAUAAUUGAAUCCACAUUACAAGGGACCAGAUUUCCUAUUGGUAAAGCUGAAGAUCCUGAUAUAGGAAGGAACUCUCUCCAGAAUUAUGAAUUAAGUGCAAAUGAGUUUUUCAUAUUAGAGGUUAUAGAUAGUGUGGAUGGUGAUAAAUAUGCAGAACUGGUUCUGCAGAAAGCACUGGAUCGUGAAAGUGAACAGGUCCUCCAUUUGAUACUUACAGCCCUGGAUGGGGGUGAACCCAGAAAAACUGGCAGUGCUCAGAUUGGGAUUAAUAUCACUGAUGCCAAUGAUAACCCACCCAUCUUCAUGCAAAAAGUCUAUACAAUCAGCGUUGUGGAAAAUUCUUCUGUGGGCUCUUCCAUACUCCAAGUUGUAGCCACUGACAGUGAUGAAGGUUCAAAUGCUCACAUUAGUUAUACUUUCAGCAACAUCCUAGAAAGAGCCACACAGAAAUUCAAGUUAGAUCCACAUAGUGGAAUAAUCACAAUUAAAGAGACUCUGGAUUUUGAGGAAACAGAAAAAUACACUAUGUCAGUGGAAGCAAGAGAUGGCGGGGGAUUAGUGGCUCACUGCAAGAUUGAUGUAAAAGUACUAGAUGAGAAUGACAAUGCCCCUGAGAUGAAUAUUGCUUCCUUAUCUAGACUAGUUCCAGAAGGCUCUGUUCCUGGAACAGUAAUUGCACUUCUCAAUGUAAAAGAUAAAGAUUCUGGAGAAAAUGGGAAAAUUACAUGUUACCUACUAGGCGAUUGGCCGUUUAAAGUAGUAACAGCAUCUAAGAACUACUACAAGCUCCUCACAGAUGGUCCCUUGGACAGAGAGAAAAAACCAGAGUAUAACAUCACAAUCAUUGCCACCGACAAAGACUGGGACAAUCUCAUGCCAACGCUCCUUUGA